AUGCAUGCCUGGAGAAAGCAUAAAGGAAACCCAAAUCCAGUUUGGGAAGAGCUUCCUAUGCCCUCGACUCCUGCCACGGGGUUUCUGGUCAAGCUACUGGCAUCCGGAGUGUGUCACAGCGAUCAACCUCUUUUGGACAUUGAAGACCGGCCUCAGUUCAAUGAGAAGUAUACGCUUGGCCAUGAAGGAUGUGGAGAGAUCAUACAGAUAGGAGAAGGAGUCACAGAUAAAAGAUUCAAAUUGGGAGACCGAGUGGCUCUCCUUUCUGUCCCUGGAUGUGGCUUAGACACAUGUUCUGAAUGCUCGAGGGAUCUGGCACAACUAUGUCCGGCUGGAAUGCACCAUGGGAUUGGUCAAGACGGCUUCUAUGCUGAGUAUGUUGCGGUCGAUGUUCGGUCCGCGAUCCCAUUGCCUAACGGUGUCGAUCCAGCCGUUGCUGCAGUUGCUACUGAUGCUGUCACUACAGCUUAUCAUGGUAUUACCCGCCGCGCUGAGGUCAAGAAAGAAGAAACUACUUUCCUUUUUGGCCUUGGUGGGCUUGGCUUCAAUGCGCUUCAGAUUGUGCGCUCUAUCGGUGCUAGGGUCAUUGUUUCCGAUCUGCGGCAAGAAAAGCUGGAUGCUGCUCUGAAAUUGGGUGUUCCAUCAGAGGAUAUCGUUCCAGUUGGGAAGUCGGUGCAAGAUUUUGUCAAGGAAAGUGGGUUACAGGGGAAGAUUGAUACGGUACUGGAAUUUGUGGGCAGUCAUCAGACUUGCCAGGAUGCGCAACAGAUUGUGCGUCCUGGUGGUAAGAUCCUGUGUGUUGGCACCCUCAAUCUCGUCAAUGAAUUUGACAUGAAGAUCGGAAUUCGGAAGAGGUUAAGCAUUAUCUUCACAUAUGGUGGUCAGUACCGAGAUCUAGUAGAGGUCCUUGACUUGAUUGCAAAGGGAGUCAUUCAGCCUCAGGUGGAAUUGGGCAAGUUACAGGAUUUCCCGAGAGUUCUCAAAGAACUGGGAGAGGGCAAGAUUAAGGAUCGGAUUGCAUUAGUGUCAGAUCUUGUAUGA